AUGACUGAGGAAGUGACUGAGCUUCUUGAGCUAAAUUUUCCUCAAGAGCUUUUUCUUGAGGUUGAUGAGAGUAUUGACAUUUGGGUGUCAUUAAUGGAUGACAGCGUCUUAAACAUUGGAAUUUAUGGAAUGGCGGGAGUAGGCAAAACAACUUUGGCAAUGCAUGUCCAUAAUAAGCUCUUAAAGGAAUCCACAUUCUUGGGUCAUGUUUAUUGGGUCACAGUUUCUCAAGAGUUCAGCAUUUACAAGUUGCAAAAUGAUAUUGCCCAUAUUUUGAAACUAUAUUUCUCAUGUGAGAAUGACGAGCGCAAAAGGGCAGCUGAACUCUCCCGCAUUCAAGGAGAGGGGGAGAUUUGUACUUAUAUUAGAUGA